AAUUUAUACAGGUAGCUCAACUAGAUACAUCGAUUUAGAAAAUAAACGAUUGCUUGUAAAAUACUUGACGUCUUAAAGAUGAAACACAGUUUCUUCGACGUAGUAGUUUUUACUGUAUCAUGUGUAUUGUUUGACAAUAUUCAAGCCGAAAUCUGUGAAACAUCAUGGAUAAAACAUGAAUGUUAUGACCAACCUUGUCCUGGUGACAUAUGGUAUAGGACAUGCAAUCAAUGUUGUAAAAUGAACAGCACGUGGUUUUGUGUUCAUGAUGUAUACUAUCACAAUUGUAAAGCUACUGGACAUGGAAGCGCGAUUACUAAAAGAAAUUUUACAGAUAGGCCAAAAGACCCGUAUGACAACACAGAAGAAUAUUCAUCAGAUAGCAACAAAGCGUCCAUAAGGAUUGGUGUUGUUGGUUCAAUUGCAUCUGGAGCAAUAUUUACCAUUGUUGCAAUUAUAAUUUUUGUGCUUUUGAGUCGCCGUCGAAAAAGUAAUCAACUUAGAAGGAAUAUUCCGUUCAUUUUUGCCAAUAACCAAAAAGGCGGGAAUAAUGGAGUGUCACGAAGUUAUCCGGAAUAUAAUGUAGGAGCAGCAGACGGCGGAAGAACCAUACCAGCUUACCAACCACCUGUUUCUACAAUUGCAUGUUUACUAUGCACUCAAAAUGUGACCAAUGAUAAACUACAAAAUGACUCACCACCACCUUACUCAGAGUGUAUUAAUCAUGAUCGACCGAACACAGUUUUGUCAGGACCACCUUACUCAGAGUAUAUUUAAUCAUGAUCAAUCAGCACCAUCUGAAUCUACAGAACCAUCUGAAUCUACAGUACAUUCUCCAGGUUUUCAACUUCUCGACGAAAUGGAUUGGGUGUAUAUGUAUUAAUGAAAUGUUAAAUCAAGUUGUGCACAAAUUCGUAUACUCAUAAAAGAAAAUCAAUAAAUAUAAUAAUGUCAACUAAACUGAUUUUUGUGGGUUUUUUAAUAUAAAGAUGAGCAGUGAGGACUUAAAAAACUUAUAAUAUAGGAAUUAAGGG